GAUCAGCGCCAGGACAACAUUGCUCAUAAGAAAAUGUGUCGGUAGUUCUGUAAUCGAUCGAAAACUGUGAGGGGAGAAUUUGAUUCCACUUCGUGUGGUAUAUAUGAGUCACGAAUGGAUCCUAAUUUAAACUUAAUACAAAAAAUAUUUCCUUACUUUUUACUGUUCUGUUUUGGCUUAAUACAUCAAGUACCUAUUUCGUGGGGCACAGAAAGAGUGAAUUUAACUAACCAGCAUGGUCUUGAAAAUGAGAGCAGCAGGAUAAUGCUGGCGAAAUGGGACCCUGGUUCCCAAGCAGAGCAGCAAAUAUUACUAAGCAACACAUCAGAGCACAGUGAAUCGGAGUGGGCUGGCCGUAGAGCUAUGGUACAUAACAGUCCUUGCACGUUCCCAUGCCUGAAUGGGGGACAGUGUCUCUCAGAAAACACCUGCAACUGCUCUAUCUACCAGGCCACUGGAUCACGCUGUCAAACAGUUCCUAAUUCAGGUUUGGAAAGGGAGAUGACGUGCCGGUCAUGGGGCCAGUACAAUUACGAGACUUUUGAUGGCCUUUAUUACUACUUUCCUGGGAAGUGCAGUUACACUCUCUUGAAAGACUGUGAGGACAAUACACAGUCAAGUGUGCUGAUACAGGUUCAUAAUGAUCCAGAAUGUGGUUUUCGUCCUUACUCCUGCACACGAUCAGUAAGCCUCUUCCUGCCAUGGGAAGGGGAGAUUAGGUUACAGAACUACAAUGUCAGUUUCAAAGGUCAAAGUGUGCAACUGCCUCAUAACAUCCAUGACAUUGAGCUGGAGCGGAUUGCUGACUACAUCCUGGUCUCGCAAGCUCAAGGUUUCAUGCUGGCCUGGCAGGGGCUUAGCAGUUCCAUCUACAUCAAGAUGAGUCCAGAGUUUGUGGGACGCACCUGUGGUCUGUGUGGCAACUUCAAUGCUGAUAUUCAGGAUGAUCUGAAGACCAGCUAUGGUAUGCUCACAGAAGACAUUGCUAUUUUUGGGAACAGCUGGAUGGAGGAGGAGCCACAGGGACCCACAUGUCCAACCAUUCCAUCUUUCUAUCCAUCUCCCUGUUCUACGCAGGACCCUCACAUUCUAAUGAAAGUGGAAGAGGUGUGUGCAUCUUUACUGAAAGAGCCAUUUAAAUCCUGCCAUCAGUUUGUUAGUCCAUAUUCAUAUAUGGCCAGCUGCUCCAAUGACCUCUGCCUGUCUGGUCCCAAUGGUGAGGUUGUUUGCCAAGUCUUUAUGGAGUAUGCAAGAGUGUGUGCCCAUGCUGGUCACCCACUACACAACUGGAGAGCACGUUUUCCUGUCUGCGGUAUUGAAUGUCCUCUAGGGCUUCAUUACAGAGAGUGCAUCACCUGCUGUCCUGUGCACUGUAGUGUUGAAUGGAUGUGCAUUGACAACAAGCUCCAGUGUCUGGAUGGCUGCUACUGUCCAGAUGAUCUGAUCUAUGAUGAUGGUAUGUGUGUGAAGUCAUCAGACUGCCCAUGUGAGCAUCGUGGAAUGCUGUACCCCUCAGGACACACCAUACAAGACGAGUGCAACAACUGCACCUGUGUUGGUGGUUUGUGGAACUGCACAAAACACAGUUGCCCAGGAGAAUGCUCGGUUACAGGAGAUAUGUACUUCCAGUCUUUUGAUGGUCAUGUUUACACCUUCUUGGCUACAUGCCAGUAUGUUUUAGCCAAGAGCCGUAAUUCAGGCGGCUUCAUAGUGACGAUCCAGAAUGCUCCAUGUGGACCUAAUCUGGAUGGAGCUUGUAUUCAGUCAGUGAACCUGAUACUGAAUGAUGAUCCUCGUACUGAGGUUACACUCAGCCACAGUGGUGAGGUAUACAUGACGAGCCAGUUCCACAUCACUCUGCCACAUUCUGAUGAGGUGUUUCAGAUCCAGGAGUUGUCGUCCAUGUUCGUUCAGGUGAAAACCAGUCAAGGUCUGCUGCUACAGUACAACUGGAGAGAGUUCCGGCUAUAUCUGCAGCUCGGGGAACUGUGGAGGGAUGACACAGUUGGGCUUUGUGGGACCUUCAAUGGAAACAUCCAGGAUGACUUUCUUGCACCUUCAGGCAUGAUCGAGAGUACUCCACAUUUGUUUGGGAAUGCAUGGCGUGUGUCAUCAGCCUGUGUGCCGCGGCCAAGCUUACCACAGCUUGACCCUUGUGAUACUCAUCAACAGGCAGCCUCCUAUGCGGUGGAAAAAUGUGAGCUGUUGAUGCAGGAGGUUUUCGCUGUGUGCCAUGAGUACGUGAGUCCCAUGGUCUUCCAGCUGCAGUGUCGUGCGGAUGUGUGCAGGUGUGGAACUCCAUGCCUCUGCUCUGCCCUCGCCCACUACACUCGUGCAUGCCGGAAGCACAACGUCAUCAUUGAAUUCCGCUUGCAUGUGCCUGAGUGUUCGGUCACAUGUCCACCAACAAUGGAAUAUGGUGUGUGUGUGUCAUCAUGUCAGCGGCACUGCCUGUCGCUGUCAGUCCCACAGCUGUGUGGAGAGGAGUGUGAAGAGGGAUGUGUGUGUCCGCAAGGAACAUACUACAGCACGCACACGCAUGCCUGCGUUAAACGGAGUGAAUGUCCAUGCAGUUUCUUGGGAGCCGAAUACUCUCCUGGAGAUGUAAUCUUGACAUCAUCCAGUGUACAAAUUUGCCAAGAUGGAAAACUUAUCUUGCAAACCAUUAUUACCGAUAAGCUGUGCCCACCUGGGCAGGUUUACGAAGACUGUGGGAACAGGCUGGAAGGGCCAUCAACUAGUAAAGGUUUAGCCUGUCUCCCCACAUGUGAGUCUUACCUGCUCAAUCUCACCUGCUCCAUCCACGAGCCUUGUGUGCCUGGCUGUGUCUGUCCUGCAGGGCUUUUAAAGCAUGUUGAUGAGUGUUUUGAGCCUAUUGCAUGUCCAUGUUUGUGGAAGGGUAAAGAAUAUUACCCUGGAGACAGAGUGUCAUCACCCUGCCACCAGUGUGUGUGUCAGCAUGGUUCAUUCCAGUGUGAGUUUCGUCCAUGUGCCUCAAUGUGCACCCUGUAUGGAGAUCGACAUUACCGCACAUUUGAUGGCCUGAUCUUUGAUUAUAUUGGAGCUUGUAAAGUUUACCUACUAAAGACUUCAGCUGAUGUAAUGAUAAGUGUUACAGCCAAGAAUGUCGACUGCUUUGAAAAUGGUGUAAUCUGCAGAAAAUCCAUUGUCAUCUCAGUUGGACAAUCCUUCAUAAUUUUUGAUGAUGAAAGUGGAAAACCUAACCCAGCCAGCAUGAUUGAGAGGCAGAAUGUGUACAUCUGGAAUGCAGGCUACUUCACCUUUAUUCACCUGUUGCAGUAUGAGCUCUCAUUGCUCUGGGACAGAAAAACCACUAUCCACAUACAAGCCGGACCCCGCUGGCAGGGUAAACUCUCUGGCCUGUGUGGGAACUUUGAUCUGAAAACAGUGAAUGAUAUGAGAACACCUGAUAACAUGGACUUAUUGACAGCACAGGAGUUUGGAAACAGUUGGACCGCAGCAGAGUGUGUGAACAGUCCUGAUAUAAGGCAUCCGUGCACUUUGAAUCCUCUACGUGAACCUUUUGCUAAGAGGCAAUGUGGGAUUUUGCUCAGCGAAGUGUUCCAAGUCUGUCACCCGGUGGUGGACGUGACGUGGUUCUACAUGAACUGCCUAGCUGAUACCUGUGGCUGCAGCCGUGGAGGGGACUGUGAGUGCUUCUGUACAAGUGUGGCAGUGUAUGCUCACCGAUGCUGCCAUCACGGAAUCACCAUUGACUGGCGCACCCCCUCCUUGUGCCCAUAUGACUGUGAAUACUACAAUAAAGUUAUAGGUAAAGGUCCAUUGAGGUUGCUAACCCAUAGGGACAGGAACUUGCUAUUAGCAGCCAAUCAGACAAAUGGAAUGGUGUUCCUGAAAAGGGGAAUGGAGAGUACUGAUGGUGUCCUGACUCGGUUCAUGAUGACACCAGGACUCAGCAAAACCAGACCGCACGACCCAUCACUAGUUUCCUUUGAAGCAGCAGAUAGACCAAACUACUUCCUCCACACCGAACGCAGUGGCCGUUUAAGACUGCACAAAUGGGAGGACAGCAAGGCAUUCUGGGAUGCAGCAACUUUUAUACUGCAUAGAAACACAUGGAUCUCUGGAUUUGAUUCACUAGAGUCACUCGUGUGGCCAGGAUUUUUCCUACACUACAUGCUGUCAAGACUCCAACUCCUGAAGUACAACCACUCAGAUCGCUACCGGAGGGCCACUCUCUUCAAACUUGCUGGCAGCACCACAGACUACUCCAUGGGUCCUCUUUGCCAAUGGCGAUAUGAGUCCUGUGUGAGUCCAUGUUUUAGAACAUGCAGUGACCCAGCAGCACGGAGCUGUAUUGAUAUUUUAAAGGUAGAGGGAUGUGUGGCCCAGUGUCCAGUGCACAUGGUUUUGGACGAGGUCACUCAAAAAUGUGUCUACGUGGAGGACUGUAUUAACCCUCCAGUUACACCACCAGGCCUCAUAACAACAUCUACAGUUGUCACUUCUGAACCUCUGGAUACAGAGAUCUCCACCAGUAGCCGUCCAGCUACAGAGUCAAUCACCUCCACAACUCAGAUGAUGUCACCCUCUCCAAAACCUAGUAGUACAGCUAGUACAACAGCCACUACGGGCGGUUUAAUUCUCUCGCCCACACCAAGUACUGCUCCUAUCAUGGCUGUGCUAGAGACAACUGUAACAACUGUGAAGACAUCUGUCUCCUCCGCUAAGCCACUAUCUUCUACUCUCAGAACCACUAGAAGCCCCGACAUGUCCUCUCUUUCCCCCAUUACAGUAAGGACACAGACAGUGUCUACUUCUAUCUCUUCACCAGUGACCUCUGCAACUCUAAGGUCAGCAGGGACUUUGGCACUAUCCACAGUUACCAGCUCACCUGUAGUGUCCAGCGUGUCCCCUAUGUCAGCUGAGCAGCCCACUAGAAUAAGUACUCUCCUCUUUCUCCCAAAAUCUACCCCCAGAGACACUACUGAGUCCACUUCCCUGACGCUCAAAGAGUCUCUUCUAGAUACAGCCAGCACUGAACCUGCCACUGUCUCAAAGCUUUCCAAUGCCACUGCUAGACCCACUGUGAUCUCUACAGCCAGUGCAAAGACUUUUAGUGCUGAAACCUCUUCAAUAUAUGGAGUUCCUCCAUUGGAGUUAAAUACAUCUGCCACCAUAACACAGCCAACUGUAUCUCCUCCUAUACAUAUAUUGACUGUUACAACUCCUGUGUUCACUCCAUCCACAGAGUUCAACACAACAGUUAGUGCCUUCAGAACUCUGAAAUCAACACCAGUAAGUGGCACUGAAACAAGAGAAUAUUCAGUGGCACACACCACAGGGACAACUAAGCCUACUUCAUCUGCUGUGAUGAAAACCUCUACAACACACCUCCCAGUGAAACCUGAGACAUCACCCUUAACACAAACAACACACUCUUUGCUUACGAUUACUACACCAGAGCAACUUGAAACUUCCAAAACAACCUUACCUGUCAUCCCAGAUAUAGAUCAGCAAGCAACUCAAAUCAUUUCAGGGCCUUCCACAGUUUCUACAAUUAAGGCAGUAGAAACCAUACUGACAACAACUGAUCAGCCAACUCUUAUUCCCCGUAGCAUUCACACACCCUGGUCUCCUGCAGUUCCAGUCUCUGAGAAGAUUUUACACACAACAACAUCCUGGGGAUUGAGUCAAACUGCCACCACACGGUUCACUUCUACCCAGUCUGUUCCACCUGAACUCUUUCAAACCACUAUUAAAGUCGCAGAGCCCACUGAUACAAGCACCGCAGUGCCAUUGCUAACCACACACACCACUGUAUUUCCUUCACCUAUAGAACAUAUCACAUCAGUGCUGACACCUUCACAGGUCUUACCCACUCACGUGACAACCCCCAGAACUUCUCCAAUGGUAAUCACUGGUACCACAUCGAAGGCUACCACAGCAAGCUCCACAGAGUCACAUGUGAGUCCAUUUCCAGAGUCAUCCUCAGCCACAGCACACCUCAGAGAGAGUGUCAUCACCUCCACUCAGCUUUCUACAUCACAUCCCACAAUUGCAGCCAAGAUAAUGACAAAGGAAACACUGCCUAGUUAUACACCAGGGUCUCCCAAGGUUACUAUCACUACCUCAGCAACCACAUUAGUCCCACAGAAACAACCAACAGUUUCUACUUCCAUGAUGAGCACUGCAGCUGCAACUGAAAAGCCUCACCCAACUUUGUCAACCACAGGGAGCAAGACCUCCACCCUCAGCUCUGCAAUUCUCCAUCUAAAAACGGAGACAACUCAUUACCCUCCACACACCGAUAGAGCUGCACUAUCUACUACUAAAGCCACACAACCUUCAUCAUGGUCACCUGCACUGUACAUGUCCAGCACAUCACCUCCAGAAUUGACUUCUCCCUCAGAGAGAAUGACAACCAUCCUCACCUCAACUAUUUCUGUCUCCACCACACAAGGAACUCCCAGGAUCACAAAAACAACAAGUAUUUCACCUUCAUUGGUGACUGAAAAGGCUGCCACAAGUACAUUUGUUUCUCUGGAGAUGACAGAGCCUGUUUCCCAAACUAGCCUCUUCUCAACAAUUCCUAGCACGAAGGCAUAUCCUCAAACACCUGAACAUGCAAGUGAAACCAAGACCACUGCAAUAUUGAUGAGCACAGUCACUGCAACAGACAGUCCUUUGGCACCAUCCAACUACACAACUACAUCCUCUAAAACGACUACCUCUCCCACAACUUCAUCUUCAUCAGCAAGUCCAGUGGUGACUGAACGACCCCCUGCCCCAGACAUUUCCCCAGAGGUUAGUUCUGUAGUCCCUGCAACACCCACCUCUCCAUCUGUAACAGAGUCAAAGCACUGGAUGACUCCAGAAGAGGAGACUUCUUUGACUAAAACAGCUUCAUCCACCACAACAGAGGGUGUUGUUUCCCCCAAAGUCUGCAUGCCACCAUAUUCUGAGGUGGUGGAUGAGUGCACUAAACUCAUUUGUGUGAGUGGUCAGUUGCUCUUGUUCAAUAAGUCCCAGAGCUGUCCCUACGACUCCAGCCCCCCAAACUGUGGCCUCCUGGGAUUCGCUGUACAGGUCAAUGGGGACAAGUGCUGCCCAAAGUGGACCUGUCCAUGUCGCUGUUCAGUAUUUCCUGACCUGAAUGUGGUGACAUUUGAUGGGAACAAUGUGGCCAUUUUUAAAGCUGCUUCCUAUGUGGUGACUCGGCUGCCCAACGAGACCAUCAGCAUUCUGGUGCAGGAGUGCCACAGCACGGACAGCACAGUUAUCUGGAACUUCACACACCUGUGCCUGACAGCUUUGAAUAUUACCCAUGAAGCCAAUGAGGUGCUCAUAAAUCGCAUCCAGAGACAUCUGUAUGUGAACUCUAGGUAUGCAAAACCACGGUUUAAAAAGUAUGGUUUUGAGGUUCUAGAUACAGGGAACAUGUAUCUGAUCCGAAGUCCUGCGGGCCUGAAGAUCCAGUGGUUCCACAGUACAGGCAUGAUGGUGAUUGAAACAGACACCUGCACUAACAAGCUCUCCACCAUGGGACUAUGCGGCUGUUGUGAUGGUAACCCGUUGAACGAUCUGACCCUGUCCAAUGGUACCGUUGUGGCUGAGACUGAGGAUCCAGCUGUGUUCAUUGAUAGCUGGCAGGUGCCCAACACCACCAGCUAUGUAAGCCACAGCAGGAGGAGGGAGGUUAACUGCUCCACCAGUGACUGCUCCACCUGUCAUAGCAUGCUCAACAACCCCAGCUUCACCGCCUGCCGCCCCUAUGUUCCACCAGCCACAUUUUGUGAAGUGUGGGUGCGAGAUGCGGAGUACGUUAACAACCCUUGUGUAGCUCUUGCUGCCUACGUGGCAUCCUGUAACAGGUUCAACAUCUGUAUCGAGUGGAGAAGUCCACACUACUGCCCAUUCAUGUGCCCAGAGAAUCUGCAGUACCAGGCAUGUCUGUCAGCCUGUACAGCAGUGUCAUGUCCUAACCAGGACUUUGAGUAUCACGUAGAGCAGUGCUCAGGCCUGUCUGAGGGCUGUGAGUGCCCGCAGGGAACUCUCCUUCAUCGGCCCUACUCUACACUGUGCAUCCCACCUCAAAAAUGUGCUUGCACUGAUAGCUUUGGUGCUCCUCGCACCCUGGGGGAGGUCUGGAAGGCGUCCAUUGAUGGAUGCUGUAUGUAUAGGUGUGAGAGUGAUGGCAUCGUGCCAGUCAAGUUCAACUGCAGCAAUGUUCCCCAGCCAGUUUGUACACGAGCAGGAGAGAUCAGCAUCAGCCUUGCAGAUGACAACAGUUGCUGCCCACGAAGAAUGUGUGUGUGUAAUCAGAGUGCAUGUGAAGCAGCUCCUCUUGGGUGUAAAUUUGGAGAAAAGAUGGUGUCAUACUUUAGACAAGACUCUUGCUGUCCAGAGUACGCAUGUGAGUGUGAUCCUGAGCAGUGUGUGCUGGAUGUUCCUGUGUGUCGGGAGGAUCAGGCGCUUAUUGUCACUCACACUGAAGGGAGCUGCUGCCUAGCCCACAUUUGCAUGUGUGAUGUUUGUUCUGAUGUAGUCCCUGACUGUGCCAGUGUUGAACUGCUCACAGUGGACACAAACAGUACAGAACGUUGCUGCCCAGUUUACCACUGCUUGUGCGAGCCAUCCCGAUGUUCAGUGAUGACUUGUCCAGUUGGAAUGACUGUUGUCUCCACUGUGAAUCCAGAGCAGUGCUGCCCAUCACAGACAUGUGAAUGCGCAUGCGAAAAAAUCACUUGGCCUAAAUGUUCCUUGGGUGAGAGUUUGCAAUUAGACAGAACAUUUCUGACAGAUCCUGCGAACCAGUGCAGCUGCAAACAAUAUCAGUGCGUGAGAGAUGCAGUAUGUAUAGAUGGAGAAAGAGGUGUGAUGAGGCCAGGUCAAACUCUGAUGGAACACACUGCUCUGGGUGUGUGCUACACCACGAGGUGCACACGCACUCUGGACCCUGACACGGGUUUCUACCGCAUACAAGCAUCCAGUACUAACUGCACAGCACAGUGUCAGCCUAACCAGGUUUAUGUUCCCCCUAAGGACCAGAGCGCCUGCUGUGGACUGUGUAAGAAUGUGUCUUGUGUGCAGCACAGUGACAAUGGAUCUCUGACCUUGUACAAGCCGGGGAAAAGCUGGGUGUCAGACUGCAUGCGGUACGACUGUGCAGACACUCAGUCUGGGCCAGUGCUGGUGUCCUACUCCUACAGCUGCCCCCCCUUCAAUGAGACAGAAUGCAUGAAGAUUGGAGGCACAGUAGUUACAUACAUGGAUGGAUGCUGCAAAACAUGCAAGGAGGAUGGAAAAUCAUGUCAGAAAGUUACAGUGAGGAUGACAAUACGGAAAAAUGAUUGCCGUAGUAACAGACCGGUGAACAUAGUGUCAUGUGAUGGCAAGUGUCCUUCAGCGAGUAUUUACAACUACAACAUCAACACUUACGCACGGUUCUGUAAGUGCUGUAGGGAGAUGGGUCUCCAGCGCCGCUCGGUCCAACUCUACUGCAGUGGCAACUCUUCCUGGGUCAGCUACUCCAUACAGGAGCCAACAGACUGCUCCUGCCAGUGGUCCUAAAGCAUGCAAUAACACGCAAACUCAACUGAAAGUGUCAGUUCCACAACACUGUAUGUUCACGUACCCUUGAGCAAGGGGAAUUCUAGCACUGUCAAACGGAUCUGAUAUAUUGUUGCUUUAUAACUUGAACAGAAAGUGUUACUCAUUAAUUAAGUGAACUUGAAAACAUAGCUUAAUUUUACAGGGACAAAAAAUUAGUGUCCAUCCAUAACUCAUAUGACAUUAUAGGUAUUGGUGUACUGUUGUUUUGUGGUGUAAUCUGUCCCUUAGUGUUACACUAAUGAAAUUGUGUGUGCCACCAACACUCAACGGGGAUCCAUAAAGCCUCAUGGUUUGUACAAAAACAAAAAAAAACAAAAAACACAGUAAAGUAAUUAUAUGUAUUAGAUGCUUUACUAUAGGAAAUAUAACUUUUUAAUGUACUUUAGAUUAAGUGAUUCCAGAUGUUUUGUAAUCAACCAUGCCAUUUUUUACAGUUAAAAUUGAACUAUAUUUCAUGCACUUUAUUUAUUUAUUACAUUACAUAAACAAUUUCAAAAUUCAUGACAAAAUUGGAAAUAUUCAUUUAUGGGCUUGUCGUUUUGUAAAGCACUUGAAAUAUCAAUUCCUUGAUAGACAGUGCAUUCACCAAAGUAGGCAUUGCCCAACUUGAUGUUACAAGAUUCAGUAGAACAGUGCAAGGUCAUAUACUGUUGAUGGCAUCAUGAAAAAUAUGCAAUGUAAAUGGUUCAGACAUAAGAACAGUUUAGAAGCCUCUAACAUUUUUACAAAAUAUGUGCUUAGCUUCAACUUGGAUUAUAACGAACUUGUA